AUGACCAGCUCUCUAAAGCUCCAGUUCGGACUUAUAAAUCACGAAAAUCGAUACCUAACUGCAGAGGCAUUUGGUUUCAAGAUCAAUGCAUCUGGAAAUAGUAUGAAGAAGAAACAGAUCUGGACUCUGGAGCAGGACCCGGAUAGCCAGGUGGUUUUCUUGCGCAGUCAUCUCGGACGUUACCUGUCGUCCGAUAAAGAUGGCAAGGUAAGAUGCGAGGAGGAAGUCCCGAACACAGACUGCCGUUUCUUGAUUGUGAUGCAGUCCGAUGGACGCUGGGCCUUGCAGUCAGAGCCAUACUUACGUUAUUUUGGAGGCUCUGAAGAAUAUCUUUCCUGUUUCGCCCAGACUAUUGGAGAGUCCGAGCUGUGGGCUUUGCACCUGGCUCUUCAUCCACAGGCUAACCUGCUAAGUGUUGCUCGCAAGCGCUAUGCUCACCUGUCCACCCAAGAAGAUGAGAUCUCCAUGGACAGCAACAUCCCCUGGGGUGUGGACUCGCUGAUCACCUUGGUUUACCUGGAAGGCAAGUACAGUCUAAAAACCUGUGACAACCGCUUUCUCAGGAAUGAUGGCAAGCUGGUGAUGGAGCACGGCCCUAACACUAGCUUCACCCUGGAGCUGAAGUCUGGCAAGCUGGCCUUUAAAGACUGUGAAGGCAAGUACCUUUCGCCGAAUGGCCCCACGGGCACCCUGAAGUCGGGCCGCUGUACGAGACCAGGGAAAGAUGAGCUGUUUGAUCUGGAGGAGAGCCACCCACAAGUCGUUUUCCAGGCAGCCAACAAAAGAUAUGUGUCAAUCCGUCAAGGAGUUUGCAUCUCAGCUAAUCAGGACGAUGAGACGGACAUGGAGACAUUUCAGAUGGAAAUCGACAAAGAGACGAAGAAGUGCAUGUUCAGAACCAAUGGUGGAAACUACUGGACUCUUGUAACUCAUGGAGGGAUUCUGUCCUCGGCCACGGAAAUAGAAGAAAACACCAUGUUCGACAUCGAGUGGUUGGGUCGACGAAUCGCUUUGAAGGCAAGCAAUGGGAAAUAUGUGUGCACAAAGAAAAACGGCCAGCUGGCUGCAGUGAGCGACUCAUUGGGAGAAGAUGAGCAGUUUGUGCUGAAGCUCAUCAAUCGUCCCAUCCUGGUCCUGCGUGGAGAAAAUGGCUUUGUGUGUCACCACAAAAACUCCAACACCCUGCACGGCAGUCGCUCCUUUUACGACAUCUUCACACUGCUUUUCAGCGAUGGCGGAUACCAAAUAAAAAGUGGAAAUCAGAAGUUCUGGUACGUCUCCAGCAGUGGUCUGGUGUGCACAGAUGGGGACAAGCCUGAAGAUUUCUUCUUUGAGUUUGUGGAGUAUGGUCGGGUUGGCAUCAAGGCCCAGAACGGCAAGUACCUGCGUGGCGAUCAAGGAGGAACGCUAAUGGGUGACGGUCUCAGUGUGAAUGCCUCAUCCUUGUGGGAGCACUGAGACAACAGGGACACAGAAACACAAACAUAGACUCACUGAAAAACAUAGAGCUCUCAUGAUGACAUCUGCGGAACCAAAUGACUUCUCACUUUCUCGAAUCUGUUCUGUCUGUGUAUGCAUGUGUUUGUGUGUAACUGAAAUAUGUGUGGUUUUAUUUAUCUGUAAUGCUGUUUUCCACCAUGGGAUAAAAAAAAACUAAACAGAUUUUAUGUAGCU